CCCUCGCUGCGGCCGCUACCGCGGCGCCUCCUGGACAUGCUCGUACUUUUGGUCCUGCUCUUCGGGGUUCGCGCGGCCUCGGCCGAGCCAGAAAAAGUGGUCACAGAGGUGGGGCUCCUCCAGUUGCUCGGGGAGCCCCCGCCCCAGCAGGUCACCCAGAUCGAUGACCCCGACGUGGGACCAGCCUACAUCUUUGGCCCAGAUGCCAACAGCGGCCAGGUGGCCCGGUACCACUUCCCCAUCCCGUUCUUCCGUGACUUCUCGCUGUUUUUCCACGUGCGGCCGGCCACUGAGGGUGCGGGGGUGCUGUUUGCCAUCACAGAUGCGGCCCAAGCAGUUGUCUCAGUGGGUGUGAAGCUGUCGGGCGUGAGUGGUGGCCAACAGCACAUCCAGCUCCUGUAUACCGAGCCUGGUGCUGCCCAGACACAUGUGGCCGCCAGCUUUCCCCUGCCUGCCUUCACUGGCCAGUGGACACGCUUUGCACUUAGUGUGGAUGGUGACACCGUGACACUCUUUGUGGACUGUGAGAAGGUCCAGUGGGUGUCCUUUGCACGAUCUCCACGAGGCCUGGAGCUGGAGCCCGGUUCAGGCCUCUUUGUGGCUCAGGCCGGAGGAGCAGACCCCGACAAGUUCCAGGGAAUGAUCGCGGAACUGAGGGUGCGUGGUGAUCCCCAGGUGAGCCCCCUGCACUGCCUGGAGGACGAUGACGACGACAAUGAUGGGGCAUCAGGAGACUUCGGAAGUGGGCAGGAGGAGAACCGGGAGCUUCUCAAGAUGGAAGCUGGAGCGUCUCUAAAGCCCAGCCUCCCUGAGGCUCCCCCAGUCACUUUUCCUCCCUUGGCUGAAAGCAGCAACUCAGAAGAUUCCAGAACAGAAGAAAUCGAGGAGCAAACUACUGUGUCUUUAUUAGGAGCUCAGACCCUUCCUGGCUCAAAUAUAGUCACCACCUUGGACAGCAGCAUCCAGACCUCUGAGGAUGUCCUGGAAGAGCGUCUCUCAGGCCCAGUGGUGCAGAGUCCUGAUGCACAGGCUGUCCCUGGGCCACAGGGACCCCCUGGACCCCCAGGGCCACCAGGGAAGGAUGGCGCCCCUGGAAGAGAUGGUGAGCCAGGCGACCCUGGGGAAGAUGGAAAACCCGGUGACAUUGGGCCUCAGGGCUUCCCGGGAACGCAAGGAGACGUGGGCCCCAAAGGUGAGAAGGGGGAUCCUGGGGUUGGUCCAAGAGGACCCCCAGGACCCCAAGGGCCUCCGGGGCCACCAGGACCCUCCUUCAGACACGACAAGCUGACCUUCAUUGACAUGGAGGGGUCCGGGUUCGGCGGUGACCUGGAGAGCCUUCGAGGCCCAAGAGGUUUCCCUGGCCCCCCUGGGCCCCCCGGCGUCCCAGGUCUGCCUGGAGAGCCAGGCCGCUUCGGCAUGAACAGCUCAGUCAUCCCAGGACCCGCAGGCCUCCCUGGUGUGCCUGGGCGGGAUGGACCGCCUGGGCUCCCCGGCCUCCCAGGACCUCCAGGUCCUCCGGGAAAAGAUGGGCGACCAGGAGAUGCCGGCCAGAAAGGCAGCCUUGGUAAAGUGGGCACGCCAGGACCUAAGGGAAGCAAGGGAGACCCUGGCCCCCUUGGUCCUCCUGGGGAGAACGGCUUGACAGGACUCCCUGGACCAGCAGGACCACCAGGGCCCCCAGGGCCCCCUGGGCCUCCAGGACCAGGACUUCCCGCAGGGUUUGAUGACAUGGAAGGCUCCGGGGGACCCUUCUGGUUGACAGCCCGAGGUGCUGAUGGUCUGCAGGGACCGCCUGGCAGGCCUGGGGUCAAGGGGGAUCCUGGAGUAGCUGGGCCACCAGGGACCAAGGGAGAAGUCGGUGCAGAUGGGCCCCCUGGGUUUCCUGGCCUUCCUGGCAGAGAGGGCGUAGCUGGAGCCCAGGGACCAAAAGGAGAAAAGGGGACCCAGGGAGAGAAAGGCGACCCAGGGAAGGAUGGAGUGGGGCAGCCAGGCCCCCCCGGCCCCCCCGGCAUCCCAGGGCCUGUCAUCUAUGUGUCGGAGCAGGACAGAGCAGUGGCCAUGGCCCGUGGAGUCAAGGGCCAGCCAGGGUACGCGGGCCUCCCGGGACCAGCCGGGUCGAAGGGAGAUGUGGGCUCCAGAGGCCAGCAGGGCCCCCCAGGACCCAAGGGCGAGAAGGGUGAGCCCGGCACAGUCUUCAGUCCCGAUGGCAGAGUGCUGGCCCCUGCCCAGAAAGGAGCCAAGGGAGAACCCGGCUUUCGAGGACCUCCGGGUCCGUAUGGACGGCCUGGGCACAAGGGAGAGAUUGGCUUCCCUGGACGACCGGGUCGUCCUGGGAUGAAUGGAUUCAAAGGAGAGAAAGGGGAGCCAGGAGAUGUCAGCAUUGGAUUUGGUGCAAGGGGUCUGCCUGGCCCCCCAGGGCCUCCAGGGCCCCCAGGCCUUCCCGGGACCCCUGUCUAUGACAGCAACGCAUUUGUGGAGCCUGGCCCUGCUGGCCCUCCCGGAUUGCCAGGGCACCAGGGGCCUUCAGGACCAAAGGGCGACAAAGGAGAAGUGGGCCCUCCUGGACCACCAGGGCAGUUCCCGUUCGACCUUCUCCAGCUAGAGGCUGAAAUGAAGGGGGAGAAAGGUGACCGAGGGGACACCGGGCAGAAAGGAGAAAGGGGUGAGCCCGGGGGUGGCGGAUUCUUCGGCUCCAGUGUGCCUGGACCCCCGGGCCCUCCAGGCUACCCUGGGAUUCCGGGUCCCAAAGGAGAGAGCAUCAGGGGCCAGCCUGGUCCACCUGGACCUCAGGGACCCCCUGGCGUUGGCUACGAAGGGCGUCAGGGGCCUCCUGGGCCCCCUGGCCCCCCAGGGCCCCCAGGGCCUCCUUCCUUUCCUGGACCUUACAGGCAGACUAUCAGCAUUCCUGGCCCCCCAGGCCCACCUGGGCCCCCGGGACCCCCUGGAACCAUGGGCACCUCCUCAGGGGUGAGGAUCUGGCCCACAUACCAGACCAUGCUGGACAAGGUGCCCGAGGUGCCGGAGGGCUGGCUCAUCUUCGUGGCGGACAGGGAGGAGCUCUAUGUCCGUGUCCGAAAUGGGUUCCGGAAGGUCCCGCUGGAGGCACGGAUACCACUCCCCCGUGGGACGACGGACAAUGAAGUAGCCGCCUUGCAGCCCCCGUUGGUGCAGCUGCAUGAUGGUAACCCACACCCUCGGUGGGAACUGCCCCCCUCCACGGCACGACCCUGGCGGGCAGAUGACAUCCUGGCCAGGCCUCCACGCCUGCUGGACUCCCAGCCCUACCCUGGAGUCCCACACCACAGCUCUUAUGUGCACCCCCGGCCAGCCCGCCCCACUGGUGCUCCUGUCCACACCCACCACGACUUCCAGCCAGUACUGCACCUGGUUGCACUCAACGGGCCGCAACCUGGUGGCCUGCGUGGCAUCCGUGGCGCAGACCUCCAGUGCUUUCAGCAGGCACGUGCGGCAGGCCUGGCCGGCACCUUCCGUGCCUUCCUGUCGUCCCGCCUACAGGACCUCUACAGUAUCGUGCGUCGUGCUGACCGCACCCUCGUGCCCAUCGUCAACCUCAGGGACGAGGAGCUGUUUCCCAGCUGGGAGGCCUUGUUCUCAGGCUCCCAAGGCCAGCUAAAGCCUGGGGCCCGCAUCUUCUCCUUCGACGGCAGAGACGUGCUGCAGCACCCUGCCUGGCCACAGAAGAGUGUGUGGCACGGCUCAGACCCCAGCGGACGGCGGCUGACUGAGAGCUACUGUGAGACAUGGCGGACUGAGGCCGUGACAGCCACGGGCCAGGCCUCCUCGUUGCUGGCAGGCAGGCUGUUGGAGCAGAAAGCUGCGAGCUGCCACAAUGCUUUCAUCGUCCUCUGCAUUGAGAACAGCUUCAUGACCUCCUCCAAGUAGGACCUUUGCCAGCUCGCACGAAGUGUGGACAGAUGGCCAGAGAGGAGACCAAGCGGCAGGGGGAGUGGAGAAGCCCCCAGUGCCGGGUAGGGAGCAGCAGCCAGCACCUCAGACAGGGCUGGGACACUUUUCUGUGUGGUUCACAUUUCAUGUAAUCCUCCAGAAAUAAAGAAAGCCAAAGAGUGUAUUUUUUAAAAAGUUUAAAA